AUGGCGGACAGUCCCAAAUUUGCGUUAGUCACAUUUGCGGUAUAUGCAGUGAUAUUAUACAAUGUCAACAGUUUCUUCUGGAAAUUUGUCUUUAUUGGAUACGUAGUGUUCAGGCUGCUCCGAACCGACUUUGGAAGACGUGCAAUGGCAACGAUUCCAAGGGAUUUCGCGGGACUGAAACUCUUGAUUUCUGUGAAAUCCACCAUCAAUGCGUUGUUCAAAAAAGAUCGUCCGAUUCAUGAAAUCUUCUUGGAUCAGGUGAGACAACACCCCAACAAGAUUGCUGUGGUUGAAAUCGAAUCUGGAAGAAAGUUGACCUACAAGGAACUCAACGAACUUUCCAACCAAUAUGCAAACCUCUACGUUAAUGAGGGGUACAAGAUUGGUGACGUUGUCGCCCUCUUCAUGGAGAAUAGCAUUGACUUCUUCGCAAUUUGGUUGGGACUUUCCAAAAUUGGAGUAGUAUCAGCAUUCAUCAACUCAAACUUGAAAUUGGAACCAUUGGCUCAUUCAAUCAAUGUAUCAAAGUGCAAAUCGUGCAUUACUAAUAACAGUUUGUUGCCAAUGUACAAAGCUGCUCUUGAGAAAGGGCUUAUCAGCAAAGAUAUCCAUGUUUUCCUUGCCGGAACCGAAGUUGAUGGCCGCCACAGAAGCCUCCAACAAGACCUCCAACUCUUCUCUACUGAAGAACCAGCUCCAGUUGAUGGGCUCAACUUCAGAAGCGUUCUCUGCUAUAUUUACACAUCUGGAACUACGGGAAAUCCAAAGCCAGCUGUUAUCAAACACUUCCGCUACUACUGGAUUGCUAUGGGAGCUGGAAAGGCUUUUGGAAUGACGAAACCAGAUGUUGUGUAUAUUACCAUGCCGAUGUAUCACUCUGCCGCUGGAAUUAUGGGUGUCGGAUCUUUGAUUGCAUUUGGAACCACUUGUGUCAUUAGAAAGAAGUUCUCUGCUAGCAAUUUUUGGAAAGAUUGUGUCAAGUACAAUGUGACUGCUACACAGUACAUUGGAGAAAUCUGCAGGUAUCUUCUUGCUGCUAAGCCAUGUCCUGAGGAAAAGGAACACAAAGUGAGGCUCAUGUGGGGAAAUGGGUUGAGAGGUCAAAUCUGGAAGGAGUUUGUCGGAAGGUUUGGUAUUAAGAAGAUCGGAGAACUCUACGGAUCAACAGAAGGAAACUCCAAUAUUGUCAACUUGGACAAUCAUGUUGGAUCUUGUGGAUUCAUGCCAAUCUACCCACACAUUGGAGCUUUCUACCCGGUUCGUCUCAUUAAGGUUGACCGUGCUACUGGAGAACUCGAACGCGACAAAAAUGGACUUUGUGUACCAUGUGUGCCAGGAGAGACCGGAGAAAUGGUCGGAGUGAUCAAGGAGAAGGAUGCUCUUCUGAAGUUCGAGGGAUACGUCAGCGAAGGAGAUACUGCUAAGAAAAUCUACAGAGAUGUGUUCAAGCACGGAGAUAAGGUGUUUGCUAGUGGUGAUAUUCUUCACUGGGAUGAACUCGGAUACUUGUAUUUUGUCGACAGGUGCGGAGACACUUUCCGUUGGAAGGGAGAGAAUGUUUCGACUACUGAGGUUGAAGGAAUCCUUCAGCCAGUUAUGGAUGUGGAAGAUGCCACCGUUUAUGGAGUAACGAUUGGAAAGAUGGAAGGGCGUGCUGGAAUGGCCGGAGUUGUGGUCAAGGAUGGAAUUGAUAUUGAUAAAUUCCUAGCAGAUAUCACCUCUCGUCUCACUGAAAAUCUUGCUUCUUAUGCUAUUCCAGUAUUCAUUAGAUUGUGCAAAGAAGUUGAUAGAACAGGAACCUUCAAACUCAAAAAGACUGAUCUCCAAAAACAAGGAUACGAUUUGGCUGCCUGCAAAGGCGAUAAGAUCUACUAUUGGGUCGGAUCCGAGAAAUCCUAUAAACCGCUCACCGAAAAAAUGCAGCAAGACAUCGACGCCGGUAUUUAUGACCGAUUCUAA